AUGGGCCGAAAGAAGAUCAAGAUCGAGCCCAUCGAGGGAGAGCGGAACCGCUCCGCGACGUAUUUGAAACGGAAGACGGGCCUAUUUAAGAAAGCAUACGAACUGGCUGUGUUGACAGACUCUGAUGUGGCCGUGGUUGUUUUUGGACGCAAUGGAAAGUUGUCGGAAUAUUGCUCCGGCGAUAUGGACGAUUUCCUGCUGCGGUACACCGAGUACAAUGGCACGGUCGAGAAGCGUGGCCCCCAGCACUUCGCGAACGAAAGAGGGACCGCGCAAGAAGAAGUAUUCGAGCGCUUUGUACCAUCACCCCCGGCGUCCAAACGUGCACGCUCCUUCUCUACCAUUUCUUCCUAUUCGCGUGCACGCCUGGACGAAGGGCACCACGAUGCAGACACACAGAAGCCAGCAGAUGUACCACACGCAGAGCGACAUCCACAGUCUAUGGUGUAUGCGUCGGACCCGCACCAUGGGAUGAGCCAAGACAGUGCAAAGCCAGCCGCGCUCGGAAAGCGUCGUGCGCCAGAGCCACUGAUGCAGCCGACGAAUCCGCACAUGUCUUUCGAGGUACAGAAUCAGUGGCCCAACAUGACUGUUAUGGGAAAUAACAAUCGUGCUUUGCCGAUGUCGCAGUCGCGAGCAAGUGUGGAUACAGCCAUGCCCAAUGUCUCUCAACCGGAUCUGUUGGCCACGCGCCGAUGGAGCAGUACAACGGAAGUAGAUUUUCCGCUUUUAAGCUCCUUUGCUCCGAAACGUAUGGAGGCGCAACAUCCCCAGCGCUUGCUUUCGAUGCCGUCCAUCCACGGACCGUGCGCUUCUCCCACUUCAGGCCAUUUGCCCAUGACCAUGGAUGGAAAUACGUCGCCUUUUACUUUGCCCAUGUCACAAGUCAACGUGAAUCUACUUGCUCCUUCAACAUCGCCCACCACGCCCACCACGCCGCCAGGCCCGCCUCAUGCAUCGCUCAUGGGGAUGCCGAAUCCUAUGACGUCGCCACAUGCACCGAACCGAUUCAACAAUGUGCUUGCUUCCUCACUACAUGGAAUGCACUUGCCAACACAGCAAUUCGCAGAGAACAUGCCCGGCGAGGGUGGUGCAUUGGGGCAGUACGGCAUGAAGUUGAACGGAGAUAUGAUGACCAAGUCUCCGCAUGAUUUACAAGAAGACUUGAAACGCAUCAUUCCGGUGCACGGGCCUGAGAUUAUUUUGCAUAACACACCGAGGAACUCGCCCUACUACACGCGCCCUGAUAAAGGCUUACCCGCCCAUUUUGUAAUGAACAGUACAGGUCAGAAUGGGCCAGGAAACGGCGACUCGAUUGCCAUGAUGGUGAGUCCUUCGCAGGAAGGCCCGCUUUCGCCCACCGCUCAGCACCCCCCAGCAAAGAGCCCGAGCAUUGCAGCGUCGGAAUUCGCACACUUGCCCAGUAAGCUGACCUAUUUUCAGGAUAGCACGGUCGUGUUGUGGCAUGAUGGGGAAGCACGAGACGUAUACCGGAGUGAUAACGAGGGCAAGACGUGGGAGCUUGUCAAAGGGCCGCCCCCCCGAUCGGCCUACUUGCUGAUCCAGCAUCCCUACGACCCGCAACAGGCCUUUAUUCUCUCCGAUUCCACAGAGCACUGGCUGACCAAGAACCGCGGCGCAUCGUGGCAGCGGUUUGAGACACAGUACUCUCCUGCGGUGCGUACAGGAUCUCCUAUGGAGUUCCAUGCGGGCGACAAGCACCGCGACUAUGUAUUGUUCAUUGGAAAAAAGUGCGGCGCGUGGACCCCAUGGCGCGGCAGUGAAUGCGAGGACAUGAUUCUAUACACGGACGAUGGAUUUGCAUCUAAAACCAAACUCAUGGCAGAGACUGUUCUUCGCUGCAUCUGGGCUAAGAGCUCACCGGAAAUUGUGGUGCCCGAGGACGCUAUGCUGCGUAUAUUUUGCAUUGGGUGGGGCGAUAGCAACGUGCAGGGUCGAAGUUUAACGUUUGACGACCCUUCUCAUCUGCUUCAAGCUGACGCUGCACACACGACGCUACACGGUACAUCCAUUGUGCGGCGCGGGGGUGCUGAAAAAGACCGUUUGUACCAGAGCGACGAUUUUUUCAAGACGCGGCGCAUCGUUGACAUGGGCGUCGGCCGCGAUGCGCGUGGAUUUUUGGGCAUUGGCUCCUCGCAUCGGUACCUCAUCACUGCACUGCACGACUACACACAGGGCCAAGGCACCGAACUGAGUUUGUACGUAAGUCUGGACGCGAAAACUUGGACCAAGGCCAAGUUUCCGCACGGCCAAAUUUUGCACCAAAAUGCGUACACGAUUUUGGAGGGCCCCAAGUUCCACCUGUUGGUCGAUGUACUGGACGCGUCAACAGACACGGGCGUCCUUUUUAUGAGCGACUCCUCUGGAACGCACUUUGCGCAAGGACUUCGCGGCACCUACCGAAGUACGAGCGGCGUUGUGGAUUACGAGCAUCUCGCCAAUGUCGACGGCGUCGCGAUUACCAACAUACAAACCGAGGCCGCAGUGAAGCGCAUCAAGACGCGCAUCACCACCGACGAAGGCAGUCACUGGAGCUACCUCCAGGCGCCGUCACGCGACGUGAACGGGCGCAGCAUUGGGUGCAAUACGGCGGAUCUCGAACACUGCUCUCUGCAUUUGCAUGCGCUUGUUCAACCGCACAAUAUCGGGCGUGCAUUUUCAAGCUCCGCGCCCGGCCUCGUCAUGGGCGUCGGCUCGGUGGGCGAAUCGCUGCGUCCGUACGAGGAGUGCGACACAUUUAUGAGCACGGAUGCAGGUGCUACUUGGUCCAUGGUGGCCAGCCACCCCCAUAUUUACGAAUUUGGCGACCAGGGAGGCCUUGUUGUGCUUGUCCCUGAUGUACCGGGGAGCUCCGAGAUGAAGUACUCGUUCGACUACGGCCAAACAUGGGAUUCGCUCAACUUGGAAGUGGGCGUGACGCCGUUCCUGCUUACGACCAUCCCCGACGGGACGGCGCUCAAGUUUCUCUUGGUCGGUUCUCGCGCUCGGGGCACGGGAAACGACAAACACAGACACACGGCCUUGUUUGUGGACUUUGCACCGCUGGGCAUGCCCAAGUGCAGCCCAAAAGACUUUGAGAAAUGGUACACACAACUGGCCGACGGAAAGUGUCUCAUGGGCGGGAAGCAGUGGUACCAGCGGCGGAAAAAGUCGUCAAAGUGCAUUGUCGGCGAAAAGUUUCGCGAUCCUGUGGGCCACGAGGAUCCAUGCCCUUGCAGGAAAGACGAUUACGAGUGCGAUUUCGGAUUCGCGCCGGACGGCAGUGGUGUGUGCCAUCGCGUGGGGCCAGAGGAAAUUCCCGAAGGCGCAUGCCGCAACAAAGACGAUACAUAUAUGGCGCCGUCUGGCUACCGUAAGGUUCCCGGGAAUGUCUGCGUCGUUUCCGCCGGCGAAAAAGCGCUCGAUGCGCCGGUUCAGAAACAGUGUGCACAAGCGGCACCCGCGCCCGGUGCGGUACACCACCAGCGCUUUGAGUUUCCCGCGGCUAUUGUCGAAGUAGUCCAUCUUGAACACUCGCCGCGGAUCUUGGUGCGUCUGCAAAACGGAAAAGUGUAUCAAUCCUCGGACGACGGCGGAACAUGGAACAUGCUUGCGGCGCUUCAAAAAGAGACUGCAUUGGCGAUUGUGCGCCACACGCACAGCAAGCAGCGUGCCUAUAUCAUCACCGAUGCACACACAGUCUACUACUCAGAUGACGCGGGCAAAAACUGGCACUUUUUUACCGUGCCGAGCCCCGCGAAUGGACUCGGUCUUGCCUGGCUCGACUUUCAUCCCAAGCAUCCCAAUUGGCUUAUUUGGACUGGCAGCGAGGGCUGUGUUCCAAACUCGCCUGGGCUUGGGUCCAACUGCCACACACAAGUAUUCUACUCCAAAGACAACGGUAUGAAUUGGCACCGCUUCGACAAGUAUGUGCGCAAAUGUGCUUGGCUUGUGGACGAGCACUUUGGCGUGCCCGACGCCACAGGCAUCCUUUGUGAAAGCUAUGCCGUUAAGAAGGGAUCGCAGCUCGGAUUCCAGUCGGGCACGAAUCCGCUGCAGUUGGUGCUGGGACACCAAUUCUACACCAAACCGCGCGUCCUCUUUGACAACAUUCUUGGGUUCACCGUCUUCGAGCGCUUCUUGCUCGUCGCCGAAGUCGUGGCCAAUGCAUUGCGCAUGCAAGUAUCUCUGAAUGCGCGCGAGUUUGCCGAGGUUCGACUUCCGCCUCAGCUGCAGUUGGACCACCGCGCAUACACCGUACUGGAUUCCGUCACGGAGGCAGUCUUUUUGCAUGUGACGACGUACCAAACCAUGCUCGCCGAGUGGGGCGACAUUAUUAAGAGCAACUCGAACGGCACGUACUAUACCCUGUCUUUGGAGCGUGUGAAUCGGAAUGCGUACGGAUACGUGGAUUUCGAGAAAAUGCAGGGUCUCGACGGCGUCGCGCUCGCUAAUGUCGUGUCGAACCCCGACGAGGCGAGUGUUUCGGGCCUCAAGCAGCUGCAGACACGGAUUACACACAACGAUGGUGGGCGCUGGGCUUCAAUUUCUGCGCCUGUGCUCGACUCUACUGGGAAUGGCUAUCCGUGCACCGACGUCGGCUGCAACUUGCACCUCCACGGCAUCCUGGAGCGCCCAGACGUGCAAAUUACUUCCAGCGACUCGUCUGUGACGGGAUUCAUGCUUGGUACCGGUAAUGUCGGGCGCUCCCUGGCACGGUACACGGACUGUGAUACAUUUCUUACGCGCGACGGUGGUUUUACGUGGCAAGAAGUACAUAAAGACGCGCACAGAUGGGCAUUUGCAGACCAUGGAUCCAUUCUGCUUCUGGUCGACGACGAAGGACCCACGGACCGUGUGCUGUUUACCUUGAACCAGGGCCUUUCGUGGAAGUCGUACAAUCUUGGCGAGCGCGUGCGCAUCUGGUCGAUCGACGCGGUGCCGGAGGAAGCGACGCGCAAAUUUGUCCUCUUUGGCCACACGGGGCAGGCGCCUUCGAAGCCCGUCGCGAUUUUUCUCGACUUCUCCUCUGUACUGCACCGGAGUUGCGUGUUUGACAAGAACAAUGACGAGAAGAAUGACUAUGAGCGUUGGUCGCCCAGCGAACAGCGCGAAGAAACCUGUUUGUUCGGCCGCCAGACAUUCUACUGGCGCAGGAAGCGCGAUCGGAUUUGUGCGGUGGGCAAUACACUGCCGCAGAGCAGUGUCGAGCGCCACGAAUGCCCUUGCGGAUCUGUGGAUUUCGAGUGUGAAUUUAACCACUAUCGCGAUCCAGAGACGCAAAAAUGCGUCUUGUACCCAGGCGCCGCUGCGCUCCCCACAAAUUCUGCGGAGCAAUGCUCCAAGCAGAACCCGGACUAUGAUGGGUACUGGUAUGAGCGUACGAAUGUACGCAAGGUGCGAUUUUCGUCCUGUUCCGGCGGAAUUCGCCUUGACCAAGGGACGCGACACAAGUGUCGUGGCACACGUACAGGCCACGGCUUCUUUUGGUGGCUCUUUAUGCUGCUCUUGGCCGGUGGAGCAGGAACGCUUGUGGCCAAAUGGUGGUCGCAGCAUGGCGCUGCGCGAUAUGGUACGCUUAGUCUUGAGGAGAAUGACACGUAUCGCGACGUGCGCGAGCAAGUUGGGCUCGUGCGCAAUUUUGCGUUUGGGCUGAUCUCCCUAGGCUGGUCUACGCUCCUGGAGCUGGCCGAGAACGUGCCGUGGCUGCGCGAGAGAAUGGCGCGGGAACGCCAUCGAUACACCAACUACCAUAUGCUUUCUACGGAUGAGGAUGCCGAGAUUCUCCAGGGAUACGACAGCGACGAUCUGCCGUAG